UUGAAGUCACAGAAAAAAAAAUGGAGUCAUCAGUGAAAGGGGUUCAUCUUCUCUUCCUAGUCCUGUCGUUGAUCAUCUUUCAUGCAUGCUCAAUCUCUGCAAACAAAUCAACCUACAUCGUCCACAUGGACAAAUCAUUCAUGCCCACACCUUUUUCCACACAUGAUCAAUGGUAUUCCUCCAUUCUUCAUUCUGUCAAGCUGGAAACCCCAACAUCAAAUGAUCCAAGAAACCCAACCAGGAUUCUCUACACUUACGACCACGCAUUUCAUGGUUUCAGCGCAGUUUUAUCUGACAAUGAAGAAUUAGAAGCUGUCAAGAAAACCCCAGGGUUUGUCUCAGCUUACAGGGACAAAAUCGUCACUCUUGACACAACCCACACCUUCCAGUUUCUGUCUCUCAAUCCGGCCACGGGACUGUGGCCGGAUUCUCAGUACGGAAAAGAUGUGAUUAUUGGUGUGAUUGAUACCGGAGUGUGGCCGGAGAGUGCAAGCUUCAGAGAUGAUGGAAUUGAAGAAAUUCCUGAGAGGUGGAAAGGGAUAUGUGAGGAAGGAGAGGAGUUUGAAGCUUCUAUGUGUAACAAGAAGCUGAUUGGUGUUAGGUACUUCAAUAAAGGAGUUGUGGCUGCAAAUCCCAAUAUUACUAUAACUAUGAACUCAGGGAGAGAUAUAGCAGGCCAUGGCACGCAUACAUCUUCAACUGCUGCUGGGAAUUAUGUUGAAGCUGCUUCUUUCUUUGGCUAUGCCCCCGGGAUAGCGAGAGGGAUAGCACCGAAAGCUAGAGUGGCUAUGUAUAAGGUGCUUUGGGAAGAAGGGAGGUAUGGGUCUGAUGUUCUUGCAGGAAUGGAUCAGGCAAUUGGAGAUGGGGUUGAUGUGAUUUCAAUUUCUAUGGGGUUUGAUUUUGUGCCUUUGUAUGAAGACCCCAUUGCCAUAGCUUCAUUUGGGGCUAUGGAAAGGAAUGUUCUUGUUUCUGCCUCAGCUGGAAAUGCAGGGCAUGGAAUUGGGAGAUUGCAUAAUGGAAUCCCAUGGGUUUUAACAUCUGCAGCUGGCUCGAUUGAUCGUUGGUUUUCGGGGAGUUUGGGUCUGGGAAAUGGUCAAGAAAUCAUUGGAUGGACUGUUUUCCAUGGAAAGGGGAGUUCUGAGAGGCUGCCACUUAUUUACAAUGAGACCAUAUCUGCUUGCAAUUCUGUUCAGUUGCUUUCCAGGUUUGGUGAUGGGGUUAUUGUCUGUGACAAUACAGGGCAAUUAUUCAGCCAAAUUAGCAUUAUUUCCCAAUCUGGAGUGGCUGCUGCUAUCUUCAUCUCUGAUGAUUCAGAGAUCUUUGAGUCCACAGUGUUCUCCAGGUUCCCUGGAGUUAUAAUCAGCCCGGAAAACUCCUCCAUUGUCAUCAAUUAUGCCAAGAAUGGUGUCAAACCAUAUGCCAGCCUUAAGUUUCAACAGACAUUACUGGGAACAAAACCUGCCCCAGUUGUUGCAUCCUACACUUCGAGAGGCCCUUCGCCCAGCUUUCCCGGGAUCUUGAAGCCCGAUGUUAUGGCUCCCGGGACAUUAGUCCUGGCUGCCUGGAUUCCAACCUCUCAUAUAUCUACCAGAGUGGGAAUGGAAAUGGAAAUGGAAUCCCGCGCUUUCAACAUGAUCUCGGGCACAUCCAUGGCCUGUCCUCAUUCUUCUGCCAUCGCUGCACUCCUUAAAGGCGCACAUCCAGAGUGGAGCCCGGCUGCCAUACGAUCAGCCAUGGUUACAACAGCCAACCCCUACGAUAACACCAAGGAUCCGAUAAAAGAUUCGGGCCUGAAAUACACUGUUGCCACCCCUCUUGCCAUGGGAGCAGGACAAGUUAAUCCAAACAGUGCUCUUGAUCCCGGGCUCAUAUAUGAUGCCACCCCACAAGAUUAUGUGAAUCUGUUGUGUUCCAUGAAUUUCACCCAACCCCAAAUUCAAACCAUCACUAGAUCAACCAAUUAUAGUUGCAGUAACACAUCUUCUGAUCUCAAUUACCCUUCUUUUAUUCUUCUGUACCCUGGCGGUGAAACAGCAGAAGCUGUGAAUCAGACAUUUGUGAGGACUGUCACCUAUGUUGGAGACGGCCCUGCAACGUUUAAGGUUGGCGAUAUCACGUUCCCUGCAGAUUCAGAUAUCACUGUCCACAAUGCAAGUUUUUCGUUUGAAAGCAAGCACGAAACAAAGAGCUAUACACUUGUUCUGAGCUAUAAGGGUAACAGAACAGGAGAAAUCACAUCUGGUGCAAUAACAUGGGUUGAUGACAGUGGUAAGUACAGAGUUAGAAGCCCAAUUGUAAUAGCCCCUAUGAUUCCCAGAUGGUGAUGUGAUCUUUACUGUAUGUAUGCACAUUAGUCCUUGUGUUCAAACUAUUCCAAGACAUCUUUGGAUGCACCAAAAAUAGUGUUCAAAGACAUAAAUAUUUGCUGUGUUUACAGUUCAGAAUCGAACAAACAAGAAAUCCAUUGCUGUUUUUACCA